UCCGUUGCUGUGGUAACACACAGGGAGCGUCGGCUGCUCUGUAACACGAUGGAAAGGAAGAUGGAGGAGAUCACUGUUAGAGACGUCGAGAUUGGCAGUGAAACUGGAGGAGAGGAUGCAUUGGUGGGGAACGUGAACAAACUGAUGGUGAGCCCACCAGGUUACGCUGGACCUCCGCGAAAAGGACAUCUGGUUUUUGAUGCUUGUUUUGAGAGUGGGAACCUCGGCCGUGUGGACUACAUCAGUGAGUUCGAGUUUGACCUCUUCAUCCGGCCUGACACCUGCAACCCCCGCUUCAGAGUCUGGUUCAACUUCACAGUGGAGAACGUCCGUGAGACACAGAGAGUCAUUUUCAACGUGGUAAACUUCUCCAAGACCAAAAGCCUGUACAGAGAUGGCAUGUCUCCUGUAGUCAAGUCUACCAGCAGGCCAAAAUGGCAGAGGCUACCAGCCAAAAAUGUGUAUUACUACCGUUGCCCUGACCACCGGCGCAACUAUGUAAUGUCCUUUGCCUUCUGUUUUGACCGAGAGGACGACGUAUACCAGUUUGCCUACUGCUACCCCUACACCUACUCCAGACUACAGCACUAUCUGGCCAGCCUGGAGCGCAGGAACCUGCCCUACCUGCAGAGAGAGCAACUGGGACUCAGUGUGCAACAACGCCGUCUAGACCUGUUAACCAUCACCAACUCCGACCAUCUGAAUCCAGAGAAGGAGAAGAAGCUGGUCUUUCUUACAGCUCGUGUUCACCCUGGAGAGUCUCCUGCCUCCUUUAUCUGUCAAGGUGUGAUUGACUUCCUGGUGAGCCAGCAUCCAGUGGCACAGAUCCUAAGAGACCAUGUGAUCUUCAAGAUCGUCCCCAUGCUUAAUCCUGAUGGAGUCUAUCUGGGCAACUACAGGUGUUCUCUGAUGGGCUUUGACCUGAAUCGCCACUGGCAGGAUCCCUCUCUGUGGGCCCACCCCACGCUGCACGCUGUCAAACAACUCAUAGUGCAAAUGAACCAAGACCCGAGAGUUAGCUUGGAGUUCUACAUUGAUGUUCAUGCCCACUCCACCAUGCUGAAUGGCUUCAUGUACGGCAAUGUGUUCGAGGACGAGGAGCGCGUCCAGAGACAAGCUGUCUUCCCCAGGCUGCUGUGCCAAAAUGCACCAGACUUCUCCUUUUCCAACACAUCCUUCAACCGGGACGUAGUGAAGGCCGGUACCGGUAGACGGUUCCUCGGUGGUCUCCUUGAUGACACAUCCUACUGCUACACGCUAGAGGUGUCCUUCUACAGCUACAUGACAGCUGGCAGCACUGCUCCUGUGCCCUACACUGAAGAGACAUACAUGAAACUGGGCAGGAAUGUGGCUCGAACCUUCCUGGAUUACUACAAACUCAACAACCUCAUCAAGGACAACAGACCAACUUACAUUCACAGCCCUGAGGCGAAGUCCCACACAGGUGACGGAAAAGGCAACGGUGUUGGCAGAGACGCAGCAGACAGAGAGAGGGAGAAGAGCCAGGGUGUCAGGCACUAGACAGACAGCAUGUAUAAAAUGCGGAGCACCUUAGCAGGAGGACCCUUUACACUUCAUUGCCUUUAGAAGCUCCACAUCUCCCUGGCUAUAAAUACUUAUUUGACUAUAAACUAUCAAAUGUGUGACAUGCGGACAAAAAAAAUGCGGACAAUUGAAAGCCAAGGAAAGACACACUGGUCACACAUCUAAAUUCCAUCUGAGGCCUUCAUUCAGCGGCUCCUUUUUUGUUUAUACUGUUAAAUAAAUGCACGUUUCCCCUCAGUUACUGUCUUAUUUUUUAUUUUAGAACUUCAUUGGAUGGUUGUUAUUAUAACUAGUCAUUAAACAUUUAAUUAAAAUGUUGUGCCUGUU